GGAACUUACAGUGGAGUGCGCAAUGCGCCUACAGAUGUCGACCUUAUUACUGUUCUGUGAUGUCGACCAAAAAUAGUGUGUUUUUUGUUGCGUGGGAAGGAGAGAUUUUUUGACUGGAGAGUAGCGACUAGAGGAAUCGUGAGACAGUUGGUGCUAAGAGCGCAGUCCGAUGUUUGAACAGGACGUUGCGACGAAUCGUUCCUUAUCAAUUAAGUGAGGUCAGUUUUUGGGUGCGUGUGAGCUAAACAUUUUUAUAAUUUCAAGUCUGUGCUGUGACCGCUGGAUUUUCUCAUUGCCGAAAGAGAGGGGAGCCAUGCUGCGGCGGCAGGAGGGUGUGAACGGCGCGCCGGCCUGGUGCGACGCCUGGCAGGAGGAGAUGGCGACCAUGGGAGAGGCGCGUCCCGGCAGGGACCGGCCGGAGGACGACUCCCGGCAGUGGAGGUUCCGGGUUCGCGCCGAGACGCUGCCCGGGGAGAACGUGUGCGUGGUGGGCGACUGCCGUGCGCUCGGCGACUGGAGCAGCCGGCACAUGCUGCAUCUCUCCCUCGAGAACGACAGCGUGUGGUCGGGGGUGGCGUCCAUCCCUCGUGACCGGGACGUGGAGUUCCGCUAUGCCGUGUGCGUCGUCCUGUCUCCCGACUGCAUCAACGUCCCGGAGACGAACGUGAUCGUGCGACACUGGGAGACGCACAUUGUGCGGCGCAAGAUCCCUUGCAAAGCGGGCUCGAACGUGGAGGCGGCAGGGCACUGCAAGCCGGACGUGUACGGCCAACACGACGGCACCGUCAAGGUGGACCAGGGCUGGCUCACCACCAACACCGUCAUCCAGCUCAAGUUCUUCAACAACCCACUGGUGCUGUGGAAGCGGAAGCUGCAGGGACGUAAGAUCUACAUAAAGUUGUCGCCGGUGAACCUGGCCCGCCAGCAGUCCUUGGAGCCCAUAUCCUCCACGGACAACAUGGAGGAGAGCAUGGACACCCACGACGGCCCGGAGGAGCCAGAGAUGUGGCCCAUCGCGGAGAUAGCGGUGAUGAACGAAGAAGAGCGGAUGUUCCGGCUGCAGGAGCAGUUCGGUAGACCGUACGAGCACGGAGAGUUCAUGAUCUUCAACAUCAACGUGUUGUUCCCAGAGACAGUGGCCUUCCUGGUGGACUACUACGUGUACAGCUCGCGGGCGGAGGAGGGGGAGCCUCCGUACCACGUGGGGUUCAGCUACCUGCUGCCGGGCGUGCUGAAGCAGAGCGAGGGCCAGGUGGUGACGCCCGUCACCAGCACCCGGCACCGCCCCAUCGGCCAGCUGACCGUGGACUAUAUGGUGGUGCGGCCAAUGAAGAACUUUGAGUGUGACAUGAGCACUUCGUUCGCACGGCUGUGGAAGGAGUCGUGGCUGGGCCUGGAUGUGGGCCACAGAGGCUCCGGUACCUCCUUCAAGGGAGAACCCAAGGAGUGCGCGGACGUGAUGGAGAACACCAUCGCGUCGCUGAAGCAGGCGGCCAGCUCGGGGGCGGACCUGGUGGAGUUCGACGUGCAGCUGUCCAAGGACCUGGUGCCGGUGCUGUACCACGACUUCCACGUGUGCAUCGCCAUGAAGCGCCGGCGGCAGCUGGAGGAGCACGACAUGCUGGAGCUGCCCCUCAAGGACCUCACCCUGGACCAGCUGCACCUGCUCAAGGGCAACUGGUCCUACUCAGGGCUGACCAAAGGGCUACAUGUUUGCGAGCUGGGAGUCUGUGGGGUGUACCACGUGACGGAGAAGACGUCGAGCCGAGUGUUCUCCAAUGAGGAGGAGGACGACCACCAGCCCUUCCCCACGCUGCAGCAGGCCCUGGAGGUCAUAGACCCCCACGUGGGCUUCAACAUCGAGAUCAAGUGGAACAUGCAGCUGCAGGACGGCACGUACGAGGUGUACCACCCGUUCGACCUGAACCUCUACCUGGACGUGGUGCUGAAGGUGGUUCUGGAGCACGCUGGACCGCGCAAGAUCGUCAUCUCCUGCUUCCACCCCGACGUCUGCUCCAUGAUCCGCCUGAAGCAGAACAAGUACCCGGUGAUCUUCCUGACGCAGGGCGUCACCAACAAGUACCCCCCGUACCUGGACCCUCGCUCGCAGUCGGUACCCAUGGGCAUCCACUUCGCCAAGUCCGCCGGGAUCCUGGGCAUCAACGUGCACACGGAGGACCUGCUGCGCGACCCCAGCCAGGUGAGGCAGGUGCGCGAGGCGGGGCUCGUCAUCUUCUGCUGGGGCGACGACAACAACAACGUGGAGACCAUCCAGCACCUGAAGAGCCUGGGCCUGCACGGCAUCAUCUACGACAAGAUCGACCAGUUCAGCCGCAAGGAGGUGAAGGAGAGCAUCUUCCUGGUGGAGGCUCGCGAGGCGCAGCGGGAGCUGCUCAAGGUGGCAGAGUCCCCGGGCGAAACCGGCCCCCCGUCCCAGCAAGACCCGCCCAUGAGCGUGGACGCGGCCAGAGGGCCGCUGGUUUCCGUCUCCGCUUGCUCCUUCCUGUCCGACGAGCCCUCGCUCAAGCCGGACCCGGCGGCCGCAGUCGCCGCAGUCACCGGGUCUUGACUCCGCGCUCCCGAGUUACCUUUCGAAACCGCUCCGACUUCAAGACACAUUUCAUUGUAGUUCGCUGUACAUUACGACUGCCAUUAUUGCCGAAACAAUAUUUAUUGAUUUUGUGAUGGGGUCUGGUAUUUUGUCACGCAUAUUAUGGCGAGUAAGGCAUUCAAAAUAGAAGACAGUAUUAUAAGUGAAUUUUUGUAUAGUUUUUUUUCUAAAAGAGAUAGAACUUGAGAAUGUAUUCACGAGUGACGUGGAAUAAAUUGUGGAAGCAAUUUUUCUUUUUACUGUAACUGGAUGGCCAAUUUACAAUCGCAGAAUAUUUUUUACAUUUGUUUGUAGUGCAAGCUUUGUGUUUAAUUAUUUUUUAAUGACUUAAUUGUAAUUUAAUUUGUCACUUAUCACACUUGAGAUUUUGCAAGUACAUAUUUUGUAAGGUUUUUUUUGUUUUAAAUCUCUCUUAUACAUAUAUACUUUAAUAUGCUGUUAUUUGUGGUUAUUUAGUUCUAAUCAUCAUUUUUUAAACUUGAGCUAAAGAAUUUUAACACUUUCAAAUAAGAAGAUAACUCUUUAAAAAGAAAAAUAAGCGAUCAACCCUGAGUGCUUCCUGAUGCUAAUGCCUAUUUCUCUUCAGUAAAAAGUUGCAACUGUUCUGCAGACACAAACAGGUUUAUGUAUGUUGUUUAAUGUUGUGCAGAUGGAAGGUGAUUUACUAGAGUUUUGUGCUGAAAUUGUAUGGUUUGGUUGGAUUGAACAUUGCACCAUUACAGUUGGAAAUGUACGAUCUUGCCUCUUGGUCUGAAUGCAAAGCCUAGUUUUUAAAAUGAACUUAGCUUUUUGUGUUAAAGACAGUAAAUAAAUAAUACUGCACCGUGGUAUCAAGAGCUUACUAUCCAAUAUCUUAAAACUAUCCUCCAGCUGGCAUCAAGAUAAUACAUCUUACCAUGUUAAGAUAAUAGACUUCAGGACAUAUGAAUUUUUAAAGAAAUUAAGUUUCAAGCAAUUUUUGGAUAAACAAGUUUGGAACAGAUAACAGUAGGGUGAAAAAAUUUAGGACAGUGACAGAAGGAAAAAAGACCUCAAGACAAACAAAUUUAGGUCAAUUUAGUGGAAGUUAUUUUAAGACCAAUGCAUUUAGGUCAUAUGAUGAUAGAACAAAGAACUUAAUUGUCAAUCUAAGCUAACAUAACCUUAGCAAACCAAUAAACUAUGCAGUUAAGAUGUACUCUAAAAGUUAUUUAUAUAAAAAGACAUCAUUUGUCCUAAAUUAGUUCUAAAUGCAGUUGUCCUAAGCCUGAGUGUAAAAUGUUUUCACGUAUAGGUAUAUCAACUUGUCCUAAAGAACUUUAUCUUGAUUUGUACAUACGUAUUUAGGAUAAACCUCUUGGACAAACACUUUGGAAUGAUGCUUUUUGGAGGAAAUUAUACACAGCUAGAUUGCAGCCAUAGAUAAUGCAGAAAUAUUUUUUUUUCUCACAUUUGUUUGUGUUAGUUAGAUUACUUACUAUGUAUUACUUUGUAAGAAUUUGUAUUGAUUAGGGAUGGGUCGAUUCGAUUCUCCGAUUCCUCGAUACCACCGAUUAUUAAAAAAUUUGGGUACUCAGUAUCGGGUACUAAAAAAGGGCAAGGUAGGUUAGGAAUCGGUUAAGUUAAGAAAAUACAGUAGUAAUAUAUUUUCGUCUGAACUUUACUUACUUAUUUUAAUAUAUCUUACCUGCCGUAUGCGCAUUAAAUUCCUAAUAAUCCUCAUUAUUAUUAAAUAUUAAUUUUAUACAAAUAAAAAUAAAUAAAAACAAUGUUACCGGGCAUGUUUAACCUCUAAUUAAAACUCCACGAUCGAAGAACAUUAUUCCUCACUCAUGUAUUAGACGUAAAUAAAUUGUAAAAAGACUUAUUAAUUUUAUUUGCAGUUAAGAAAAGUCCAUUGUUUUUUGUGAAGAAAGUGACGGUUAUGAAACGAGAUCACAUCACGUGUCGUCACCAUUUUAGUUGUGAGCCAUUCAAGGAUGAUGGCCUCCACAAAAUCUCUGGUGGCCAUAAAAUAUAAAGUCAAGUCGAAACGUAUCGAUUUGUUGCGUACGGGACAGAUUGUAUAAUGAAAGCAACAAUCGAUUUUAAAGAAUUCUCUGGCCAUACCGCCAACAGAGGCUCGUGUUUAUUUCUUGCAAAGGAAAUCCGUAAUAAUUACUAGAAAAACACUUGAAAAUAGUUUUAGCAAAACAAUAUUUGUGCCAAAUAAAUAGCAUAAAUGCGCAACAAUUCACAGUAACCUCAAUAGCACGACGGUGAAUUACGGCGGCGUAAUUCACCGUCGUGCUAUUGAGGUUACUGUGAAUUGUUGCGCAUUUAUGCUAUUUAUUUGGCACAAAUAUUGUUUUGCUAAAACUAUUUUCAAGUGUUUUGCUAGUUUGUUAGUAAAAAAAUGUUCGCAGACUGUCGUUUCAAAUUACGAUGCGAAUGGUCUGAUAUUGUAUCAACAUGUCUAAAGUUUGGGAACAUUUUCGCAUCAAUAGUGAAAAUGACAAAUAUGCAAUUUGUAAUCAUGGUAGUGCGCAAAUUUCACGGAGCCGUACUUACAAAUCUACAAAUAAUUUAAUGAAGCAUUUGAAAUCCCGGCACACAUUACUACCAGAAAAAAUAGUCUUUGAAGAAAAACAAACUUUUGUUUACAGCACUGUCACCAACUAAGUCAAAAGGUACCACAGAAAAAAGUAGUGCUACCUUUGAACCCAUUUUGAAAAAAGAUGUUAUGUUAUCGGCGUUAUCGCCUGUUAAAGAACCCUGUCUAAAUGUUGAACUUCUUUGUGCACAGCCUAGUACUUACUAGCAAACAAACUUUAUGUGAAGAUGCUUCUUCACUGGUAAUUGAAAAAAAAACCCCUCAACAUUUAAUCCUAAGUUUAUAAUUAUCCUUUAUACAUGUUAUUAUCAUUAUGUAAUGCAUUAAAUUCUUAAGUAGUUUUAAUUAUGUGACCAGAAUUACCAGGAAUCGAAAACUGGAAUGACUCGGAAUCGAGAAUCGAAAUUUAGGAAUCGGUACCGGUAUCGGAAUCGAUAAAAAUGUGUACUCAACCCAUCCCUAGUAUUGAUAUAUUUUUUUAACAUGCUUGCUGUUAUCAUUUUGCUAGUAAGAUGGCUUGCUAUGGAUGGUGCAGAUUAAAGGUUGAUUUUUUGUUCUGAAUUUGAAAAAGUUGCAGCUGUGUGCACGUUAAAUGGUGCUAACGAAAUUCGUUCAUUAUCUAGAUGUUACUGUAGCCCCUAAGUGGUACAGUUGCUUAAAAUCUUACCAGCUGGAUGGAGUAGCCUGUGUUGCAGUAAUAUCUGGUGAUAUAUAUUAACAAUGUUCUCACUGGGUUCAGUAUUUAAUUUAGGCACACCAAUAAAAAGAAAGCAUUAGAAAAAUUAAAAUAAUUGUUAAUAAAAUAUUAAGUAAAUUAUAAAAAAAAAAUGGCAUGUAUCAACACACCAAAUUAAUUGCAAGUUUUGUUUGUAUUAUAAUUAUGCCUGUGGGAAUAUUCAAAUUUUGAGAUACGAAUAUGAAUAUUUAUGAUUGGUAUUUUAUUCGACCUCAAACACUAGCACUUCAGAAUAGUGAAUAUUCGUUUGCUUACGAUACCUCGUGAGUUUGUCUUAUAACAAUGUUCACUGUUGAGGUUAAGUAGUUUGUAUAAUCAAAAACAUGAACAGUAAUCUACUUUUUGCACAUACAACAAGUAUUCAAAGAUUUUUUCUUUACUGUCUUGCAAACAGUAGUGGAAAAAUUGUCAGAACGAUUCAAAAUACGGCAUAUUGUGACAUUUCAAACUUGAACUGAAAUUUAUGUACUUCACACCUAAGACCAGGGGCAAGCCUGGGGGGGGGGGGGGGGGACGAGCGGGACCGGACCCCCCCCCCCCCCAGGGCUAAAAAUAUUUUAAUAUUAAAUUCAUAAAAUGAAAAAAAUUAAUAUUUAGUAUCAUAUUAAAAUAAAUUCAAUGACACAAUUAAAGAAUGUUGGAGUAAACUGACUUCAUAAAACUGACUUUUAUGAAGUUACGGCCAGUAUUUUUAGAUAGCCUAAAUCAGCAAUAUUGAGCACGUAUUUUUCUAAAUUUUCUCGGGGGAGGACCCCCGGACCCCCCGUCUAGCUGGGGGGUAUUCCAUACCCCCCAGGCCCCAGCCUUCUGCCUGACCCCCCUUCCCCCCCCCAGAGCAAAAUCCUGGGCACGCCACUGCCUAAGACUAACAUAUUAAAUCUCAUAUAACCUUUCAUAAAAAUGGAAUUCUAGAAAGUGCAGUAUGAAGUUAAUAUGCUUAAAACAAUAAUUGAAAUAAUAGGAAAAUUCGUAGCUUAUACUGAAAGUCUGUAAGCUUGUUACUUGGUUCAUGCAUGCAUGAAAAGUUAACUCGUAAUUCAAACUCGUUCCAAGGAAAUGGGAUGGUGGUUUUUGGGAGGGAUAGUGGAGCGACCCCUCCACCCCCACCCCCCUCAUCUAAGGUAUACUUUCGCAGCCGGUGUGGAUUUUGGUUAGUUGUGGUGCGUGUCUUCUAUGGCAUAGCAAGCAAUGUAUAUCUUUUAAGUUUUCCCUGCACAUGUUGUACAGUGGGCCCUUCACCUGGUUACACAUUAAUUACUUUUGAUUAGUGUAGCUGACCUAACCUACCUAACAAAAUGUUUCACUUCAGCUAAAAAUCACCUUUAUUACCCAGAAGCUUCGGAGCCAAAAUACUGAAGUGUAUUAUGCAGUUACUGAUGUCAAAAAACUAACAUUAUUUAUGAAAAACCUUUUUAUAUGUGGGAAGUAAUUAUUAUUUCCAUACAAAAAAGUUUUUAUUCUUAAUUUUGUAAACACAUGAUCAGUGCUCAGUACGAGAUUCCCUUUUGGUGAAUAUCUCCGAGUCGUGAAACAAUGAUUGGCUCUCACAAUAUAGAUUUUAGAACCUGUGUGUGCCUACUUUAAAAUACUGUUUCUUAAAAGUUUGUAAACCUCACAUUUUCUUCUAAACAGCAUACUUUCUUGUCAGGCAAGACAUGUUUUGUAGAAUUGCAACUGUGCUUUUAUUUUUAUGAUGAUUACUGUUGUGUUUUAUUUGCAUUCGUGGGUUACGAUGUGAACUGUAUAAACCAGAGAUGGGCUGAGACUCAAACACUUGAACCGACUCAAACGAGUAGCCGAAGUACGACUCAACAGUUGAGUUCAUUGUACUCAAUAAUACAGUUAAUACACUGGUAAUUCUGUAAAACUGGAUACAUAAUUUGACUAAUGCAACAAGCAUAUCACGGUCCAUUAUUUAUUAAGGGAUGCACUUGUACAAAAAAAUCAUUAGUAAUAAGCAUUUCUAUAAUAGAUUUUCUUUAAUAAAUAUAAAUUGGCAAAUAGUUGUGUAUUUGAAGAAUAUGCCAACAGAAUUGAUGUAAAAACGUGUUACUAAUAAGAAAUGUAAGGAAAAACAACGUGAUGUUAAUUUUGGUACAAGAUCCAUGCUAAAUAUUUUAAUAAAUUACAUUCAGUGAAUUUAUCAUUUUUAAUGAUAAAAUAAUUUUAGUUUUUUUAUGUAAACUUGAUCAAUUUGCUAAAUAAUUUCAUGUUUUCAGUUACAUUUUAAUGCUAAAUGGCAUGUUAACUUGUAUUUCACCAUUUUAUUGUGUAUUGAAUUUUUUGCUGUUAUGUUUGGGUUUUAUCACAAUUUACCAUGUUAUGUUGUCACUAGUAAUCACCUAUUUACUUGUACAGUUUUUCUGAAAGUAUUGUUAAUUAUACACAAUUGCACUGCCUGUGAAACGUGUAACGUAUAUUCUUCCAUUUACAUUUCUAAGCACUUUAAAAACACCAUUUAGGAAUGUUCUGCUGUAUGUCAUAGGUUUGUAUUACAGCAAACUAACAAAGAGAAGAAAAUAUUUUAAUGUCUAGAAUUAACUUUUUUUCCACCACAGUGACAAUCAAUAGUAGUAUCAUUGUUUGGCACAAAAAAGAAAAUUAGAAAACUUUGAAUUAGCUGUAAAUUUCUUUUUUUGGUGCUGGGAAAAAAAAUCCAUGAGAAACCCAUGACUUUAAGAAAGCCAUAGGAAUUGUGUGUUUGUCCAGCAAGUUAGAAAUAGCUUAGUUAAAAAAAGGCUUAUCAUAACUACUAAAUGUGUCACUUAUACCAUUUUUGAGCUCUGUUCACUGGGGAACCUCGUCAGCGGAUGUGAGGAACACGGCAUUUGAUAACACUUUGGAUUUGACGGAGGAGGGUUUAGUGGGAGAGGGAGGGGUAAGGAGUCGCUACUAAAUUUCUUUCCUUCUCGUGUUUCUUUUUUACUUCUACAUCUGAAGUUUUUCACUGCUGGUUAUAAUAAACAGAAGCCAUGACCGAAAACUAAUACCGUGAUUUGUCACGUGAAAGACUGGAGGGUCUGUUGCAGGAUAAAACCAAAAAAGUUAUGUUGAACGGGGAAGAAACUAGACUAGAGAAUGGUGCCAUGAUUAUUCUUAUCGUUAAGUGUCUUAGUAAUUAAGUUUUUUUAAGGGCUAACCCAAGAAAAGAACUCUUUUUAUUAAGAUUUUACCAUUACAGUUAGUUUUUAGAUAUAUUUGUUCUACAGCCAGUAUUAAAGUUAUUUUCUGAUCCUGAAUAGUAAAAAAAUAUAUAUGUAUAUAGAAUGUACGAGUAGGGUGGUAAUGUGCUUGAAAACUCCUUCCAUUCUUUAAGAUUGUUGGUUUAAAGAAGUCUAAUGAACAGUAACGUAAGCACAUGAAAAGGCUUAAGUAUCUUUAUUUUUUUUUUUCCAAUAUCAGUCGUAACAUUUUUGUAUUUUUGAACUACACUCUGAUUAGUUUAUAGAUGGAUUUUGUUUUCCACAGAACUUUCUUAAAGGUGUGCUUGUGUAUUUAGUUUUUUGACAAAUCACUUGAGAUUGCUGAUACUGUAGGAAAGUUGAGAAAUUUUUGUGUUUGUAGUUACAUUUCAUGCUAUGUACUAUUUUUUGUUUAUGUGCUCUAUUCGUUUUCCAAUCCUACAAAUAUCAUUUGAUAACUAAACUAGGGAAUUUUAACUAUGUAAAUUUUAAGAUCCAAAUAUUAAUGUAUUACCUGUCAAUAUUUUAAUACGUAAUUGAGUGUUUUUUUUUUAAAUUUAAAUAAUUUUGGUUUGGUUUAUGGUUUAUUAUGUUUUCUUCAUGAACUCUGUAUUUUUCUUCUUUGAACAUUUAUUUAUGGUUCAAUUGGAAUUGUUUUGGAGUUUGUUUUUUCUGGAGCUGGAAUGUAUUUUUCUUGUGGUGGUCGUUGGCAUGGCAUGACAAGCUUCAACAUACAUGUCUUUACUGGUUUGAAGAAUAUUGGCUCAUAAAUGACGUUAUCAAUGUUAAAAUACGUGGAUCAUAUUCUAGUGAAAUGAAAAUGUAUCUUGCACAAAGUUUUAUUUACAGCUAUACACAAGACCACACUGAAUCCAUCCAAACUUUCUGCUAUCAGCAUUACUAGGCAGUGUAGGCAUUGUGGGCAAAGCAUGGUAACAAAUGUAUUUUUUUUUAUUUCAAAUCAGAUUUUACAAUAAUUGUACAUACUACAGAAAAAAAUGUUUUUAAGCACUGCAAUGCUUGUGAGAUUAUGAAAGUAAGCCACACACUGCUGUUAUGUUGCCCUCAAAUGGCAAUGAUGGUAGCAUAAAUUAUGUUGGUUCUAUGAUGUUUGUCUACUGUGUGUACGCUGCUGUUCAAGAAUAAGUAGACUGCAAUAUCUUGCCAGGCUCCCUCUAUACGUUGUAGCUGUGUUCUUUUUUAUGGUUGGAUGUUGAAAGAUGUACUGUUUGCUUUUUGUGCGUGAAAUGAAAGACAUUUAGCAUGUAGUGGAGCAGGUAUGGACUGAGACUACAUCAAGCUGUGAUAAUGAUAAUAUUCUGUGAAUUGUAUACUGCUCGUAAGUCAGUGUGUUUUUAUGGUUUAUUUAGAGCAUGUAUCUUGUGAAUAAAUGAUGAAAUUUGCACGAGUGUACAAAGAGAAUAAUUUAUUGGUGAAAGUAAAGAUAUUUAGUUCAAAUA